CAAUCGACGAACCGGUCAGCUGCUCGUUUUAUAAACAUUCAUUAUUUUUCUGUUUGUUUUAAUUUAUGAUCAAAUAAUAUUUUAGCUAUGAAAAGACAAAAUGUGCGAACCUUAUCUUUGGUCGUGUGUACAUUCACUUAUCUUCUAAUUGGAGCAGCCGUGUUCGAUGCCCUUGAAUCCAAAGAGGAGGCAAAACGGGAUUCGUUGCUCAAAGUAUCAUCGAAUGCCCUGAAGAAGAAAUAUAACAUAUCUGAAGAUGACUAUCGGAUGAUUGAACUAGUCAUUAUUGAAUACAAACCGCACAAAGCAGGCCCCCAAUGGAAGUUUGCUGGAGCAUUCUACUUUGCCACUGUAGUUCUGGCCAUGAUCGGAUAUGGACAUUCAACACCCGUAACUUCAGGAGGAAAAGCGUUUUGCAUCGGAUAUGCAGUGGUUGGAAUACCCCUGGGACUAGUGAUGUUCCAGAGUAUUGGUGAACGUUUGAACAAAUUUGCUUCAAUUGUCAUUAGGCAGAUCAAAAAAUAUCUGAGUUGCCAGAAAAUUGAAGCUACAGAAAUGAACCUGAUGUUCGCGACUGGAAUGUUAUCUUCCAUAAUCAUAACA